AUGAAUAUCACCAGCUCGCUCAUAUCUGAGCGCGACAAGGCUCUUCUUGGAGGCGACUACAAUGCCUAUCAUGCCCAAGCAACCCGCAAAAUCCAGAAUCUGCGACGUCGGCUCGGUGCCGCAACUCGAGGCAGAAAAUACAGUCCAAAAGCUCCUGUGACGGCAGAAAAUGUCUCCAAAAAUGCCGAAUGGGUACAGCUGCUCCUUGCCAGCUCUGAGCGAGCAUGGGCAUCUGCUAUGGCCAUGAAGUCGGCACAAUCGCCCGAAACCACCCAGAAACCUAUGCCCGGCUCCACGAAGCGUCAGAUUGCAUCACGACUGCGAAGAGCAAUUACCCAUGCGGAUAACUUGGUCAACAUCCUCCAAGACCGCAACACGACCGGCGCGAAAGUGCUGGAUGACCUGGAAGCACGUGCGUACCUUUCCAUGUUGAAAGGCGGCCUUGACUUCGAGAAGGGAAGAUGGCAAGCAUGCAUUCAGGACUACUCUGUCACUCAGGUUAUAUACUCGACGUUGGCACGGUCGGCAAAGAUAGACGCAUACAAGGAUUUGCUGUCGGGCAUCGUAGACCCCAGCAUCCGCUAUGCGGCGUACCAGUUGAAGAUGCCCCGCACAAAAGCCCUGAACGAGAUUGUCAUCGAGAACUUUCCUCAAUCAGAGACGAGCGUGAGGCAGGAAAUUGAGCAGAUCGAUCCACAAGCAUUUUCGACGGCAGCAGAAGCAGCGCCCACUAAGGGUGGUCCCAAGGAUAUUCCAUCCACGCUCUCCUGGAGAAGUCGCAAAGUGAAGCUGGAAGACGCCAACAUCUCCCAAGCACUGGGGUUGUCCAAAGAGAAAGAAGAGGAUUUGGCCUCAUCAUUCAAAUCGUUCCGAGACGGCUCAUUGAGCGCGAAAGACUUUGCGACCGCAUAUGAAGAGGUCAUCACUGCCCGUCAGGACGCAGCGGAUGCCACGAAGACCGCAAUCGAUGAGCUCGUCGCCGAAGGCGUUGACACCGGGGAUGCGCGCAUGCAAUCAUUGCAAAUCACUCGCACAGCCGUCAAUUACGCCGUCAUCGAAUGGCGUAUCGGCCGGAAUAGAGUGCUCUGUGGUGCGUCAGAUGACGGUCUGGCUUUUGAGGAUGAGAAGCCCAAACAGCCAUUGAAGCCGCGAAAGGACGGUAAAACCCGUGCACCGAAGGGGGAAAGCACCGGACGAAAGAUGUCCAGACUGCGAGAACGAGUGGCUCUCUACGACUCCAUCCUGCAGAGUCUUGACGCCGUCAAGGAACUCCCCGGCGUCAUGGCAGACGCUCCCUUCGUGGACGAGCUCGACGCCAAGAGGGCAUAUUUCCGAGCGUUGAAGUGCCUUGCCGUUGGCCGCUCACACGCGAUUAGCGACCACAUCCCCAAUGCCCUAGCGCUAUACGCCCGGGCACUCGAACUGGCCGACACAGCUGCCAGCAAACUCGGCGCGUCCACCAGCCUCACCACCACCACCGACAAUACAACGCCACCUAACCUAGACAUCUCAGCCAAACAACUGCACCUCACAGCCUCGACCGUACGGAAACUUGUUCUUCGAUACCGCGCCCUCGCGGAACUCAAAUCGUCCCACGCCACAUCCGAUGGCUCGUCAACAACUCCAGCUACGGCACCAAAACCCGCACCGUUGAUAGAACGCCUCUCCCACAACCAGUAUAUCCCCAAUCUCGACCUCACGAACCUGGUCAACUAUCCGCCCAAACUACGGCCCGUGCCCGUGAAGCCCUUGUUCUUCGACCUGGCCUGGAACUACAUCAAAUAUCCCGGGCAGAAGGGACCCGAGGACGACGUCCAGCCCGCGAAAGAAUACGUGCAGAUGCAUGACGCCGGACCGAGAACCACCAACGGCCCAGUGUCGGAGACGGACACGAAAGACGACCGAAAGGCGCCCAAGCGCGGAUGGUUUGGGUUUGGUCGUUCGUGA